CGCUAAAGAGCCUGAUACUUUAAACACACGAAGAAGACUAAUGUGACGUCAGUGUAGGGGCGCCAAAACAGCAGCACAACACGAAGUCACGAGGAGUCCUUCAAUCCUGCUGUCAUGGACUUAAGCCCCUUUGAAUCAGACAACUCGGUCAGCUGCAGACUGGCGUCUCAAGUCCCCGAUGUGUGCCGGACUGAGGACUGCUGUUUGGGCAUCGACGAGGCAGGAAGGGGACCUGUACUAGGGCCCAUGGUGUAUGGAAUAUGUUUCUGUCCAGUUUCCAAAAAGGAAGAAUUAAAAGGCUUGAAAGUGGCAGAUUCAAAGACUUUAACAGAGGAAGAAAGAGACAAUCUCUUUGAGAAACUAGAUGAAGCCAAAAGUUAUGUUGGUUGGGCUCUGCACAUCCUCUCACCCAACACCAUCUCUACUAGCAUGUUACAGAGGACAAAAUACAACUUGAAUGCUCUGUCACAUGAUUCAGCAAUUGGUCUUGUACAGUAUGCCCUAGACAGUGGAGUGCAGCUUAAAGAGGUAUUUGUAGACACAGUUGGCCCAGCAGAGAAGUAUGAGGAGAAACUCUCUAAGCUGUUCCCAGGUAUCGAGGUGACUGUUAGGCCAAAGGCUGACUCACUCUUCCCGAUCGUCAGUGCAGCCAGUAUCUGUGCCAAGGUGGCCAGGGAUCGUGCUGUAAAAGGCUGGAACUUUGCUGAGGACCUGGGAGAGGUGGAUGCAGACUAUGGAUCAGGAUAUCCCAACGACCCAAAGACUAAAGCAUGGCUGUUGAAGUACCUGGACCCCGUUUUUGGUUACCCUCAGUUUGUUCGAUUUAGCUGGAGCACUGCUAAAACCCUGAUGGACAGCAAGGGGCCUACCGUCCACUGGGAUGAUGAUGAAGAAGAUGGAGAGAAGGCAGCACAGCGGCUGAACAACAAGUCCAUGUUGUCUUACUUCGGUGCAUCAGCUGGAGGUAACGCUGAGAACCUGACCCAUCAGACACACCGCUUCUUCACUGAGCGGAGGCUGAGGAGCCUCGACUCUCUCUGAAGACAACACAGUGGAGGGCAUUCUCAUUUCCUGAACAUCAUAAAAUUUCCAUAAACUUCCAAAAAACAGCACAGCCUUGGACUUCAAUAAAACAUGAAAGAUUAGUCAUGUUUGCAUGGCCAAUGACUCAGCAUGAAGAUCAAUCUUUCCAUGACUUGAUGAUUUUUUGCAAUAAAAAAACAACCCAAAAAACGUGUGAACAUCA